AUGAAAAUGUGGACGAGUUUGGUGCUUGCUCUUGUGGGUGCUCUAGUUUUUGCAGUCCUUAUUCAAGCUCAGGAUCCAUCAGGAUUCAUCAGCAUAGGGUGUGGAAGUCCAGAAGGUGUCAACUUUACUGAAACUACGAAAACGGGCAUAAAUUAUACUUCAGAUGGGAGUUACAUAAAUACUGGUGUAAGUGGGACAAUAAUAACUCAACUCCAUAGUGUCUAUCAGCGACAAAUGUGGCAUCUAAGAAGCUUCCCUGAAGGAAUAAGGAACUGCUACAAAAUUAACAUCAAAAGAGGUUCUAAGUAUCUGAUUCGGGCUAAUUUUUUAUAUGGAAAUUAUGAUGGCCUUAAUAAGUUACCAAAGUUUGAUAUUCUUAUUGGGCCUAACCGGUGGGAUUCAGUGAAUAUAGAAAGUGCAUCAACUGACGUAGAGAUGGAGAUCAUACAUGUACCUUCACUGGAUUAUGUACACAUCUGCCUGGUUAAUACAAACUCUGGGAUACCAUUUAUAUCAUCUCUAGAAUUGAGGCCUUUGAAAAAUGACCUUUAUGUCACUGUUUCUGGAUCAUUGGAAACUUACUCUCGCUGGGAUUUAGGCUCAAAUAUCUACUACAGGUACCCGUACGAUAUUUAUGAUCGUUUCUGGAAUCCCUACAGUGGCAACAACAGUGAUUGGACACAAAUAAGUAGUCCAGUUCCCACUAAUUCCUUCAAUCAGGGCUAUUUCCAACUGCCAGCAGUUGUCAUGAGCACUGCAAUUACACCAAAAAAUGCAAGUGCUCCAUUAGUAAUAAGUUGGGAGGCAAAAGAUCAAACUGAGCAAUUCUAUGUCUACAUGCACUUCAUGGAGAUUCAAGAGUUAACAAAGAAUCAAACAAGGGAAUUCAACAUCGUCGUGGAGAGUAAUCCAAAUUUUAAUUAUCCAAAUUUUUCUCCGUUGUUCCUGAACGUAAAUACUAUAUUAACCAACUCAGCAAUCAAUGGGAAAGAAAUUAAAUAUUCACUUGAGAAGACUAAGAAUUCAACUCUACCUCCCAUCCUGAAUGCCAUUGAAAUUUACAAAGUACUAGAUUUCCAGCAAUUAGAUACAUUCCAAGGGGAUGCUGAUGCAAUUACAACAAUCAAGUCAGUGUAUGGGGUGACAAGAGAUUGGCAAGGUGAUCCAUGCAGUCCUGUAGCCUACUUGUGGGACGGUCUAAAUUGUACCUACGGUGCAAAUGAUUACCCUAGAAUCACAACUGUGAAUUUAUCUUCCAGUGGAUUGUCAGGAACGAUUAAUCCUUCUAUUUCAAAUCUCACCAUGUUGGAGAAGUUGGAUUUAUCAAACAAUAGCUUAAACGGCAAAAUUCCUGAUUUUCUAUCUCGAUUGCAACAGUUGAAGAUUAUAAACUUGGAGAACAAUAACCUCUCUGGAUCAAUUCCUUCGGCACUAAUUGAAAAAUCUAAGGACGGUUCUCUGUCACUAAGUGUGGGCCAAAAUCCAUAUCUCUGUGAAUCUGUUCAAUGCAACAAGAAGAGAAAGAAGAACAUUAUUACGCCCUUAGGAGCAUCAAUCGGGGUUGUGGUCCUUCUUGUGGCCGUGGCAGCCAUAUUAUUGACUUUUAAAAAGAGAACACCGAAAGACAAAUUCAAUCAUAACAUGUUAAUGUUCGAAAUUACUGAUCAAAGGGAGAUGUCACUGCAAUACUCAAAACGAAGUGAUUCAUUGCUGAAUUUCAAAAAACAAAUAUAUUCAUACUGUGAUGUCAUUGAAAUCACCAACAACUUCAAUACAAUUGUUGGAGAAGGAGGAUUUGGAACAGUUUAUCUGGGCUACAUUGAUGACACUCCAGUUGCAGUGAAAAUGCUUUCCCAAUCGACUAUUCAUGGUUAUCAACAAUUCCAAGCAGAGGUUAAACUUCUAAUGAGGGUUCAUCAUAAAAAUUUGACCUACCUCAUUGGUUAUUGUAAUGAAGGAACCAAUAAGGGUCUCAUAUAUGAGUACAUGGCUAAUGGAAACUUACUUGAACAUCUCUCUGGUAAACACAGCACACCAAAAUUCUUGACCUGGGAAGACAGACUUCGAAUAGCAGUGGAUGCAGCCUUAGGAUUGGAGUAUCUACAAAAUGGUUGCAAGCCACCUAUAAUCCACAGAGACGUAAAAUCUACGAACAUUUUGUUGAAUGAAAACUUGCAAGCAAAAUUAUCUGAUUUUGGUUUAUCCAAAAUUGUCCCAAAUGAUGGGAAAAGUCACGUGUCAACUGUUAUUGCUGGUACUCCUGGUUAUCUAGACCCUCACUACUACAUAUCCAAUAGACUAACAGAGAAAAGUGAUGUCUAUAGCUUUGGAGUUGUUCUUCUGGAGAUAAUCACAUGUCAACCAGUGACUGCAAGGAAUCAAGAGAAGACUCACAUAACUAAAUGGGUUAGCUCUUUGAUUACAACAGGAGACAUCAAGGGCAUUGUUGACUCAAGGUUAGAAGGAGAUUUUGACAUUAACUCAGCUUGGAAAGCUGUAGAAAUAGCAAUGGCUUGUGUUUCUCUAAAUCCCAACGAAAGGCCAAUCAUAAGUGUGGUAGUGGCUGAACUAAAGGAGUCUUUAGCAACAGAAUUAGCUCGAACAAAGCAUAGAGGUGCCAAUCCAAGAGAUUCAGUUCAACCGGUCAUGACCAUGAAUCUGAAUUUCGAAUUCACUCCUCUGGUCAGGUAA